AUGUUCAACUUCGUCCUUGCAAGCGCGAAUUCCCUGUCAUGCUGCGGGAUGUGUCUCGCACGACUAAUUUCUUCGCCUGCCUAUGACUCUGUUGCGGAUGGCGUUGUUGCGGGGCGCAUCAUCUUGGACCGCAGAGCCCUGAAGCAGGCUUUGCGAACCUCUGGAUACCCAACGCGGCGGGCAUUCAUCGAGAAGCUCGACAUCUGUGGUUCAACCUAA